GGCAAAGCAUUUUUUACCCCAUGGAAAGCACUUUUAAGACUGUCAAUCUUGGAAAACUUUCUCACUGCAGCAACCUGGAUGUAAUUCAUUGUUGGAUUGUUCAUAACUUUACUCUUUUAUCAGUCUGCAUGGGUUUAACAUAUGCAUAAGAACUUCUGGUCUUAGCACACAGCCGCAGAAGAACUUGGAAUCUGCUAAAACGUCACAAAGAAAGUAUUCUCCACAGUCAACACACGAGCAGACCUCCAUCAGCUCAGUGCAAGCCAAGGACAUUGCUCCGUGAGAAAAUGAAGACUUUGCAAGCUGCUUUUUUCCUGGUUGCAUUUGUACCUUUGGUGAAGCCAGCACCACCUAUACAGCAAGAUUCACCCAAGUUUUAUGAGUAUGUUGAUGCAGAUUUUGCCACGGGAAGCCUGAUCCAACAGGAUUAUGAAAUGCUGCCCAAGGAUACAAUAAAGGAUGGAACAAAUGUUUCUCUUGACACUGCCCUGAGACUGCAAGCAGAUGACAGCGAACUGAGUGCCAGACCCACAAAGGAUACAAAUUUGCCUACUUGUCUGCUCUGCGUGUGUUUAAGCGGAUCAGUGUACUGUGAGGAAAUAGAUAUUGAAGCUGUACCCCCACUGCCAAAGGAAACAGCAUACCUUUAUGCACGAUUUAAUAAAAUCAAGAGGAUAGCUGUCUCAGAUUUUGCUGACAUCACUACUUUGAGAAGAAUUGAUUUUAGUGGGAAUAUGAUAGAAGAAAUAGAAGAUGGAGCCUUUUCAAAGCUUUUGUUAUUGGAAGAACUUUCUCUUGCUGAAAACCGGCUUGUAAAACUUCCAGUUCUACCUCCCAAACUAACAACAUUUAACGCGAACCAGAACAGAAUCAAGAGCAGAGGAAUCAAAAACAACGCUUUCAAGAAACUGACAAAUUUGGCCUACCUCUACUUAGGACAUAAUGCACUGGAAUCUGUUCCUCUUAACCUACCAGAAAGUCUGCGCAUUCUGCACCUUCAGCACAACAACAUCACUACAAUCAAUGAUGACACUUUCUGCAAGUCUAAUAACACCCGGUACAUCCGCACACGUAUGGAUGAGAUAAGGAUGGAAGGAAAUCCAAUCCUCCUGGCAAAGCAUGUCAAUGCUUUCUCCUGCUUGAGAACACUGCCUGUAGGAACAUACUACUAGCUACUACUUACAUAAUUACACAUGCCAAAACUCAAGCAUGGUAAAAAAAGGUCAUUCCUAUUACUGUUUACAUGUUUAUAUUUUCUCCCCGCUAAAGCAAUUUCCCCUGCAUACCCAGAACCUUUACUAGGUUGAAAUGGGGUUCUCCUCUGAAAUAAUUUCCAAGCAGCCAUGCCAUUUAGUAGUUACAAUGCCACCCAAACUUUCAGAAUCUUUUGUUAACCCAAGUGUAGAAGUGCGCACAUACAUAUACUUCCAACUUUUAAUUCAACUAUUAUUUGUUAUAUGCAGGUAAAAUCCUGCAACUGCUACUUCACAUUCUUUACCAGUUUCCAAAUAUAUUUGACUUUGAUAAACCAAAACAUUUCUUGAGUAAGCUGAAUUUUUACUCCAAUCAAAUUUGUUUUGGCCCGAAAUGAAACUUUUUCAGUUAAAACUUCAAAACUGCAUGGAAAAAAAUAGCAUAUGAAAGAAAGUUAUGUUUAGAGACAGUAUUUCUCCAAGUUUAACUUCACUGAAGUUUACUUAAAAACUUGGUUUGUGGAAAAUGUGAAGAAAUUUUUUUCAGGCUUAGUGUACCAAGCAAAAAAGUGAAUGGAACAUUUCAAGUGUGCAUCAAAUCUUUUAAUAUUUUUCUUUCAAAAUAACCUAAAUGCCUUUAUAUAUUACAAUUGAAUGUAUACAUAUAAACACAUUCAACUGUAUAUGUUACAUAAAUAUUUUUUACACAUUAUAUUUUUGAUUUAAAUAUAUAAUAUAUAUUAUAGACAUUCCGUUCAGCUGUGCUCAUAGAAGUCAUUCUUGCCACUUACCUUAAUACAACCAUCAGCAUGCAGCAGGGUAUGACUCAAGCACUUGUUUUUAUUUUUAACUAAGACAUGACAUAGACUGAGCCUUUCUCCACUGCUUUCUCUUGACAGGAAACAUGACAAUAAAGUUAACAGCAAACUGAAUUAAUGCUUUUACCUGUAAAUGAGCAGAUUCUCAACUAGAAAUCAGAUCAAAGAAACAAAUAUCUUUGUAGCCAAUACUUUCACAAUAUACAGAAACAUUUAAAAUUAAAAGUUAAUUCUAACAUAACACUAUUCUAAGAGUGUUAACCUCAGACAAGUAGUUGAGUGAAAUAAUACUUGUUUAAGCCACAUGGUCUAUUAAAAAGACAAAACAUGUGCAGACCUCAAAGCACAUUCAUAAUUUAUUACAGAACACAACAUUUCCAAUUACUUAACCACACACUUCUCCUAACUUGUGUUUAUCUCCUCAAAUAUCAACCACAAGCUUAAACGCUUCUAACAGAUAAAUGCCAAGAAACUGCUAAUUGCCAUUACUAAGCCAACAUCAUACUAACCUUGAAGCUAGUGUAGAUUUCUAAUUUGUAGGAAUAGUUAAGCACUAAUGCAUGAUAAUGUAUCACUAACACCAAAAUCAAUACUGAUUUUAUAAGAUAUUUUGUAUUAUGUCUAUUUAGCUAAACCUCAAUUUGUUAGUGCUUGUGCUCUAGAGAAUUAUAACUAAAUUUAAACUGAAUUCUGAACAUACUGAUGCUCUGUCGCUAGGAAGUGCUGAGAUCUAGGUGACUAUGUCAACCACCAACUGUGAGUUCAUCUUGAUAGAGGAUGCAAUUAUGAAAAUCAAGACAAAAUAUUUUCACCCUGAACCCAUUAGUCAAGAAAGGUGUAGCAGUCUCCAUAUUUUCCAUUGAAGUGCCUUAAUGUAACAAGUAAGAUUCGAUUGUUCUAUAUAUCUGGGAACAAAAUCAAGUCCUAUUGUGAGAAUAUUUUAUGUUCGUUUUUUCAUGUGAAUCUUGAAACUUUGUCUCAAAUAGGCAAUUAGGGGAAGAUAAACCACUGCAGAGUAUAUCAAAAUACAUUCUGAAUCCAGUCCAAAUUUAUGUUACGAAAGAAAUGAAAGCCACAGAUUAUCUCAUCUCUAUUUGGUAAGUAAAACAUAGAAAACAUAGUUAGAAGUACAGUAACAUUAAAUAAAUAGUGGUCUCAGGUCUGAUUCUCAUAAGAAAUCAUUGCUACCACACAAAGCCCCUUCCAAUAUUAAUGGGAUCAUUAAAUACCUGAAGCGUUCCUAUUAUUUCCCUAUGAAAACAAUCGUGUAUACAUUUGUGUAUGCACAUUCCUGUAAUGUACACAUGCAUGCAAACACACUAAGAUCUAAUGACUACCACAUCACAAAUUUUAUAGUAAGUUGUUGUAUAUAUUUUUGAAAAAGUACUAAAUAUCAACAGUAAUUUAAUGGUUUUAAUAUUUUGUGAGCAAAACACAAAUAGACAACUGGUAUAUUCUGUAAGCCCCACGCAGACAAUAAGUUCUCAUGCAUUUUUAUUUCCUUUCCUCAUUCACAGCAAGUUAACUCAUUAAAACAUUAAGUGAAAGAGCUUCAGUAUGUUUUUUCCCCUUCUAUUUUUGUGAUCUUUAUUAAUGUCAAGCUGAAUGUACACCAUUCUAUCCCCCUCCCCUCCCCUUAUCAUCCAUUUCUAUUCUGUAAUUUCAAUAAAACUUGAACUUCUUUCUCGUUAA